AUGCCAAUUCUCGAGAAUACCGUCUCUGAUGCUUCAAUGCUCACAGUUCAAAUACGAUCUCCUGCACUACAAGAAACUCUUAGCUUAAGAAUCGAGCGUGAUGCCUCUGUUCAUUCUUUGAAAAUGCACAUUCAGGAUGUUCAUCCUCAAAAGCCAAUGGCAAGUGAACAGCGUAUUAUUCACAGUGGAAAAUUGCUGAAUGAUAGCGACUUUUUGCGAGAUGUCUUGGCAAAGACGGAUGCCAAUACAAUUCCAACCUUUCAUUUGGUUGUGAAAUCUUCGCUUUCUACAUCAUCCCACAAACCUCCGCCUAUUGAUGAAUCACAAUCUACAUUAGAACAAAACGAUGCACCUCAUUAUAGUGGAAUUCCAAGUGUAGCACCAGCCACUCUACCUUUACAUACACAAACUUCUUUUACCGGUCUUCCACCACUGAUUCCAGGUGGCUACCAGGUUGUAGCAAUCAAUGGGCAAUAUUAUCUUGCACCUGUACUUGUUCCUGCUACUACAUUUCCUACACACCCUACUUGGGCACAGCCAUCAACAGGGUACGGGCAGCCAAUGUAUCACAAUGCUAGCCAACCUCGUCCCCAAGUACAGCCGGCGGUGCAACCCCAACCUAAUCCUGCUGCUCCAGGGCCUGCGGAGGAUCAGCGAGCAGUGGCAAGGAACCGCAUUGUGAUUCGAAAUACUACUUCUAUCUGGCUGGCUCUGAAAUUGAUAUUUAUUCUAUUCAUUGUCUGCCAAGGUGCCAGCCUGGAGCGCAUCGUCUUCUUUCACAUAAUUGCAUUCGGAUUCUUUCUCUAUCAAACCGGAAGGUUACGCUUUGUUGUCCAACGGGUACGUGCUGAAGAUCCUGCGGCGAACAGACGAGCCGUUCCUGUGCAACCAAGACAGCAGAAUGGGGGAGUGCCAUCACCAAGAGCACCGACAACGGAAGAGCCGACAGAUUCACAGCCUGUUCUCCCAGAAGAGCCCAUGUCCUCUGUAGAGAUAUUCAAGAGAUGUGCUUAUCUAUUUAUGGUAUCAUUGUGGCCCGAUUAUGAUCAUGAUCCGAAUGCCGCACAAGCCUUUGAAAAUGCAAUGUAA